GCACGCCCUAUCAAUAGCAGCCCUGGGAGCCCAGCCUCUCGGGUGAAGAAGGAGUGGAGAGAGAGGGGUUGGGGGGGGACGGAGAAGAAGAUGAACCCCGAAGAUGGUCCGGCGGCUGGGCGGGGCUGUUCAAACUUCAGGAAACUCUGGAAUUGUGCCUUACGUGAAUCCAUCAGAGGAAGCGCGAAUCCUGAAUCAGCAGAAUGUGAAGCCCAGAGAUGAGCAGUAGCUACUGCAACAACGCGUCAGUGACCAUGAGCGUCAACGAGGUGUCCAGUUUCCCGCUGACCCUGGAGCAGAAAACCGGUUUCGCCUUUGUGGGGAUCCUGUGUGUCUUUCUGGGACUUUUGAUCAUCCGAUGCUUUAAAAUCUUAUUGGACCCCUACAGCAGUAUGCCUUCCUCCACCUGGGAGGGCGAAGUCGAAGGCCUCGAUAAAGGGACAUUUGAAUAUGCUCUUGCAUGAAGCAGAAUCCUCAAAAAGUAUCCUGCCUUAAUUCCGAUAUUAUUUUUUCCCCCUCAAGCGGUGGAAUUCAAAACAUUUGUAAUUGACAGCCAUGAGAAGCUGUAGCAGUAGCCUUUUUUUUUGUUAAAUAAAGCUUUGUGGCAGACUCAAUGAAACCACUUA